AUGUCGACCGGACGCAAGGUCUUUCAUUGCGCCGUGGACGAGACGGCCCUGACCACCAACAUCACCGAGAUCAAGAAAUGGACUACCAACGGCGCCAUCGAUCUCAUAGUCCCUCUUUACACCCUCGAACGGCUUCACGCUCUUAAGCGGGCAGGAUCGCAAACCGCCAUUAAUGCCCGUGAGGCUGUUCGCUUCCUCGACCGAGUUACCUCUGGCAAGGACCACAUUACCACCGACCGUGUCACCCUGCAGGGUCCCAUGGAACAGUAUGAGCACUGGGAGGAUGCAGAGAAAUUCUUCUUGCCCGAAUUUGAAGAGGAACCCGAGGCGAUUGACGAUGCGGAACCUAUCGAGUCUGCGCCCGAAGAGUCUCAAAGGGACAAUGGAGUCUCCGGCCCGGAAGAUCUGUCGCAGAUGCUGCUGAGCAAGUUGAACUUCAAGAAGGAUCCCGAGGCCGCUUCAAUCACCUCUGCCGGUACUCCCAGCGGACCCGGAUCGCGCACUUCGUCUCGUAGCUCGCGCACCAGCCCCGAAUGUGCCCAGCACGAAAAUGGCACUGCCAACAAAGUCGAGAAGCCCAAGUCUGGACAUCAGCGCACCGCAUCUGGCUCGGUCAUUCCAGUCGCUCCGCCCGUGUUGCGCCCUUUGCUGAGCGCGCUGCUGUGGCGGCUCCACGGCGGCCCGGACGCGGAUAACUCUGCUAAGAGCUGUAUCCUGGUUACGAAUGACCGCGCGACACAGGUCUGGGCGCAGAAGUUCGGUAUUGGGGUCAAGAACAUCCUUCAGCUGCGUACUGCGAUUCAAUACGAAGAGCGCGAGUACAAAAACCGCUGCAAAUACGUCGAGAAGAUUCAGACUCAACCUACGGAACAGCCCAAGACUUUGUUGUCUUACGAGGCCGACUCCGAUGAGGAUGAGCUGGUGUUUGUUCCUCGUGGCGGCCGUGGCGGUAAGGGUACUUCUCGCGGUGGCCGGGUUGGGUCCUCUCGUAAGCCUGCCCCGAAGGCUGCUCCAAAGGCCGCGCUCCCAGCUGCCGUUGAGACCCCCAUCGAGGUUCCUACUCAGCCAAUUGAUCCCGACUCGUUCAGCCGCUCCCUGGCUGGUGCGACUAAAACACCGCCUACCGUGGACCUGAGCACCCAACAAGGUGCUGCUCGUGGCAUCGCCGGGGCGUCUCGCCGCUCUGGUGGACGUCGCGGAGGGUCCACUCGUGGUGGUGGACGUGGGAGCGGACGUGGACGGGGCAAGCUCUGGGUUCCUUGA